GCAACCUCCUUGUGUAACAGCGCUUACUACACUACAAUCGUCGUCAUCCCGGCUCCCGGAUACAGACAAAGGCCAGAUCACGAGAAGACAUUCUUUUAUCGCUACCGCACCAAACAUCAUCGCGCGAUUGCUUCUAUCACUGGAAACCUUCAUAAAAUCCCCAGAGUUUGAAAUGAGCGCAACUGUUAAAGUCGGAUCCUCAACGCAAUGGCGUCAGAUCUUAAGCUCGUCAGCCAUCGUAGUUGCGGACUUCUAUGCCGACUGGUGUGGCCCAUGCAAGAUGAUCGCUCCAGUGUUUGAGUCGCUGUCGGCCAAAUACUCCAAACCCAACAAGAUCACAUUCUGCAAGAUUGACGUCGACAGCCAGCAGGAAGUGGCCCAGCAGUAUGGCGUGCGCGCCAUGCCGACCUUCCUCAUUUUGCACAACGGCUCUGUGAUCGAAACAAUUCAGGGAGCCAACCCGCCAGCUCUUACGGCCGCUGUUGAUAAGGCUGUCAAGUUGGCCGGCGGUGCUGCGGGUGGUGGUGCUGUGUUCAAGACCGCCGGACACCGACUCGGCGGCAGUGGAGUAGCCGGGUCCCGCCCCGGGACAUCAGUGGCCCGUCCUUUCAAGUGGGAUUUCAACAGCUUGAUCAAGACAAUCAUAGCUUUCAUUGGACUUUAUGUCACCUCUCUCUUUUCGCUUGACCCAUACAAGGCGGCAGAGAGCUCCCCGUUCAACAAGAAGAAUAGUCCCCCGCAAUCACAGUCAUAUACGGGGAGUGCUGCUAGCAAAAAGCCUGCGCCGCGUGCUACGUUCAAGACGUUGUCGGACUUGGGCAACUAAACCGAGCGGUAGUUUUAAUGUGUCGUUAAGCGUACGGUAGCAUGCUGGAGUUCACGGCGUCGAGGGCGUUCCGGACGGGCGGCACUUGUUUUUUUUUUGGUGUCCUCGCUCACGCAUUCUUUCUGGCUUCUUUUGCCCCUUUGGAAAAUUAUACUUCCCAUUAAUCAAGAGAAACGUGGUACUAUUCGUUG